GUAGUGGCGAACGAAAGCGUCGGCGAGGGCCCGAAUUAACCCUUUCCCUGCUCGCCCACUUAGGAGCCCAGUGGAGUUCCGUGCCUGCGCAAGCCGGCGGCGCGCCUUCCCCCCAACCCGCACCGCGCAUGCACGGGAGGGGGGGCGGUGGGGGUGUUCACGGCCGGCUAGACAUUCUGUGCUCGUGCAGGAGGAGGGCUGCUACCAUCAGGGACGUGCACGAUUCCCCCACCCCGCCCCCUCCCCAAACUAAAAAAAAAAAAAAAUCCAAAACACACUGCCACCCACCGUGCCCCCGCGCCCCGCGUUCAUCCCGUCCCGGCCUGCGUGCUAGUGAGCGCGGGGAACCCACGGCGAGUGUCUGUGGCUGUGCCAGGCUGCAGGAUAUUGGUGUGCAGGAUGGAGUUCCUUGGGUCUGGCGUGCUUUUGAUCAGAGUUUCUCUGAUCUGAAGAUUUUCACGUUUAAGGCAUUAAGAUAAUAGCCUGAGUUGUUCAUGGAGUUUUUCAUCAGUAUGUCUGAAACCAUUAAAUACAAUGACGAUGAUCAUAAAACUCUGUUUCUGAAAACACUAAAUGAACAACGCCUAGAAGGAGAAUUUUGUGAUAUUGCUAUCGUGGUUGAAGAUGUGAAAUUCAGAGCACACAGAUGUGUUCUUGCCGCCUGCAGCACCUACUUUAAAAAGCUUUUCAAGAAGCUUGAGGUUGAUAGUUCUUCAGUAAUAGAAAUAGAUUUUCUUCGUUCUGAUAUAUUUGAAGAGGUCCUGAACUACAUGUACACAGCAAAGAUUUCUGUGAAAAAAGAAGAUGUUAACUUAAUGAUGUCAUCGGGUCAGAUUCUUGGUAUCCGCUUUUUGGAUAAACUCUGUUCUCAGAAGCGUGAUGUAUCUAGUCCCGAUGAAAAUAACGGUCAGUCAAAAAGUAAGUAUUGCCUCAAAAUAAAUCGCCCCAUUGGAGAUGCUACUGACACUCAGGAUGACGAUGUGGAAGAAAUCGGGGAUCAGGAUGACAGUCCUUCUGAUGACACGGUAGAAGGCACACCCCCGAGUCAGGAGGACGGGAAGUCGCCCACAACGACACUCAGGGUUCAGGAGGCGAUUCUGAAAGAGCUGGGGAGCGAGGAAGUUCGGAAAGUCAAUUGCUACGGCCAGGAAGUAGAAUCCAUGGAGACCCCGGAAUCAAAAGAUUUGGGGUCACAGACCCCUCAAGCCUUAACAUUUAAUGAUGGGAUGAGUGAGGUGAAAGAUGAACAGACACCAGGCUGGACCACAGCUGCCAGUGACAUGAAGUUUGAGUAUUUGCUUUAUGGUCACCAUCGGGAGCAGAUUGCCUGCCAGGCGUGUGGUAAGACAUUUUCUGACGAAGGCAGACUGAGGAAGCAUGAGAAACUCCACACGGCAGACAGGCCAUUUGUCUGUGAGAUGUGUACGAAAGGUUUCACCACACAGGCCCACCUGAAAGAACACCUAAAAAUCCACACGGGGUAUAAGCCCUACAGUUGCGAGGUGUGUGGAAAAUCAUUUAUCCGCGCCCCAGACUUAAAGAAGCACGAGCGAGUUCACAGUAAUGAAAGACCGUUCGCGUGCCACAUGUGUGACAAAGCCUUCAAACACAAGUCCCACCUCAAGGAUCACGAAAGAAGACACAGAGGGGAAAAGCCUUUUGUGUGUGGCUCCUGCACCAAGGCCUUUGCCAAGGCAUCGGAUCUGAAAAGGCACGAGAACAAUAUGCACAGCGAGAGGAAGCAAGUUACCCCCAGCGCCAUCCAGAGCGAAACGGAACAGUUGCAGGCCGCAGCGAUGGCGGCGGAAGCCGAGCAGCAGCUGGAAACAAUCGCCUGCAGCUAGAGGUGAUGGGACAGGAACGCUGUGCCUGGACUCGCAGUGAUCGUGGUGAAUGAACGGCAGUUCCUCUAUUUUUGUGGAAGUGUGUGGAGCAUUGUACUCGUUGGACUGAAGGCAGUGCUUGGUUAGGUAUUUUUAAAACUUUUCGAGGAAAUAAUGUUCCUAAGUUCUGACCAAACAGUUUCGCCGUCCUGUCUGGUGUCUAGUAUUCGUGUUGCCAGGAAACUCCCCACCCCUCUUUUUUUAUGAUUUUAAUUUGAGAACUCCUGUGUCCAGUUUAGAAGUGAGAGACUUCCAUUUUAAAUUCCUCUACACUCGCUGGUGAGUGCACUGCACAGAGUGAGAAUUAAGUAAAUCGAUUUCCUAAUCAUCACAAUUCUAUGUGACUUAUGGUCAAAACAGCAGUUUUAAUAACUUAAAGUACUUCAGAUAGACGCAGAAAAUACUGAUGGGUGGUUGACCAAGAACACUGCGCAAAUAUGAAAACAAGUUCUGGAAAUGCAGAAUGGUAUUAGAUUUAUAUUUGGUUUGUUAAUUUUAUAUGACUGUUUUUCACUGUUUUUUUUUUUUUUGUGGACAAAUAAUGGUUACUUUGCUGAAGGGUUUCUUCAUCCACUUUGAUUGCCCUUUACCUUCCCCCAAAGCUGUAGUCAUACGUACUGAAGGCUGAGCAAAGCUACCCGAGUGAUGUUGGUCUUGGGGCUGAGUUCUCAGGAUCCUCUUAGGCACGGCCACUCUGCACCAGCUGGGAUCUGUGGAGUGAACCAGCGGUGAGAGGAGUAGAAAAGGCUCUCAGAGACAAGGUUUUACGUGUGCAGCUAUUCCAAGAUUACUAGAUUAAAGUCAUUCUUAAUUGAUUUUGGAAUUGGAUUUUUAUUUAGGAUCAAAAUUAGGGCAAGAACAGAUAUUUCUUCAAAUUCAUUUGUGUAACUUAACAGAAUGUCAUCACGCUUUGGGGCUCUCUGCAGCACAUGAUUUAUCCAUAAAGGAGAUUCAAUAUGCUUACUUAAUAAAUUUGAAAUCUUUUAAGUGUGUAAAUAGUAGUGUUGGUCUUACGUAUUUCAAGUAAAAGCAGACAGCUGUACUUUUUUUGCACAUUGGAUUAAAAUAGCUUCCAUCAGCAACAAACAUCAGACUGUUUUUAACAAAUAUUAAAGAUUGUCAGACCAAAUGUUUGUUUCAAAGUAUAUUUCCUCACUGGUUACCAUUUUAAAUAGAAGUUGAUUGCCUUUUCAAAGCCGUAAAUCAGAAUUACAAACUCUGUUCCAGUUUUGGUGUACUAAAUGUUCUUUUAACCAUUUCUUUAGGAGUACAUUGAAAUGCCAACAAUAGUUUGAAUUACAUUCUGUAAUAAAGUAUUAGUCAAUUAUUUUAGAAUAUGUAGAAUUGUAGAAAACAUCAACUUUUUAAAAUUCAUUUUUGGUUGCUAGGAUUUUUAAAAAAAUAUUAAAGUCAUUUCAUUUCAUAGCUUGUUGCAUUAACACCUGUAAUUACUAUUGUGGGAGAAAUUUUAUUUUUAAAAUUGGUGUAUAUGUUAUGCCCAAGAUUGUAGGAUGAAGACAGUACCUUUUUAAAAAAUUUAUUUAUUGGUAAAAUGUUUAAUUUAGCUUAAAAUUAAUUUAAUUUCUUUUCUUGAAAGUUUUUUAUUCUGUACUAAAAGUAGUCCUGUCACUGUGUUUUUAUGCUUUUAGUAGAUGGGGAACUGAUUGCUGUUCCUGGGCUGUUUUAACCAAAGCAAAGGAAAAAUAAUUUAACAUCUUGUUGAUGGCCGCUUCAACAACCCUUAGUUUGGUCCUUCAUUUUUGUAUAUAAAAGAAAAUAUACUUCUUUCA